UUUCCCUCCACACUCACUCAGUCACUGAUUAGGGUUUCGUGAAUCAAAUCAAUCCGACUACAAUCUCAGUUUAAAUUUCCAGAUUCAAGAGUUUCGCAGUUGUGUGGUUGUUUGUUGUGUGAAUUACUGAAGCAUGGAUCAAAGGAAAUUUGAGGAGAGUGAUCAGAAUGUGUUGGGUUUUAAGUGUGAAAAAAUUAUAAAUGGAGAAGAGAAAGGUGCCCUUGUGCAAAAACAAGGAAAUGCUGGAAGCCAGAAUUUUGAAAUGAAGAUUGCAGCUCCGACACCAGAGAAAACAAGUGAGCCUUCACGUACUAAGGUCAAAGAGGACGGAAUUAAACAUCUAGAAAAAUAUAAUGCACUGGUAGAGAUCUUCGAUUCUAUGACUUGUUCAUUGAGGUUGCUUAGCCUGCGCAAAAAAUCUCCAACUUUUCAAAAUAUUUCGACUCAGGUGGAAGUAUUAACAAAAAGAAAGAUCUCAUUGAAGCAUCUUGCACAGAUAAAGUACAUACUUCCUGAAGCCAUACAAGUCGAUAAUAUCCUUGUGCAUGACAAGAAAACCUUGUGCAUGAAGCCAGAUAUGAAAAUUUCGUUGCUAUUUGAUGUCAUAGAAGGCCACUCUGAACACUCAGAUUUUAUAGCCCUGCAUCAAGUUUUUGCUUCUAGGCUUUUGAAUUAUUUUAGUGCGCAUCCUGAGGCUGAUGACAUUCCAGAGACUAUAUUGCCAGAGCCAUUUGGCCGAAGAAGUCUGGCUUCUUUGGAGAACAAGGUUGCUGAAGUUCCAGAGGAACUUGAGUCUAUAUGUGAACAAAGUCAGACAACUGCUCUUGAGCAGUUCCCUGUUGAUUCUUUAGGAUCUCUGCCUAGUUCUAUUGAGACUGAGAUGUUGUCAAUGUCAUGUCUUCUACAUCCAUCUUUCUGCAGACAUUUCUCUAGGAAAAGUGUUGCUUCAGCGUUUCUGUCUUCCACCACAUCAGAUUAUCUGAAUAAUCAAUUUGUUAGAACUUGGCAAUCAGAAGAGUGCCCUGUUGAUCAUCAGACUAAUGAAAAAAGCAAUCAACAGAUGAAGUUGCCUUUUACAUGUUCCAAAUCCUCAAUUGUUAAUCCUCCUUUCCGGCUGAUAAGUCCUCAGUGCUCAGUUACUUCUGAUGCUUGUGACAGCCCACAGCAAAAGCUUGCCUUGCCUGCUGAUAGUUUGCUCAUAGAAACGCCUGCACAGGUGACUCCGAAGAGAUCAAUGCCCAGUUGUAAUGACAAGCUUAAGGCUAUGACCACCCAAAAUUGCAAAUCUCAUUAUAAGCCUGCAAAAAGGUCUUUAGACUUUUCAUAUUUAGAAGGGGAGGAAAGUGUACUGGACUCUGCUGGGGUGUCAACAUACAACUACAAUGAUUCAGAUUAUGACAUCCCUAAGGCUCUAGAAGUAGAAACAAAAGAAUUUAUUGAGGAAGGGGGUGUCGUUGGUUCUCCUGAAGUACUUGAAAAGGUAAAGGGGAGCCUUGGCGAAGUUGGGGAUUGCAAAAUGAGUCAAACAGGUUUAGCAGUAGACCAGCAAAUAUCUGUUUGUCUGGCUGACCUGGUUGCUGUGAUUCACCAGAUCUUUCAGUCAGUCAACCGUGCUUCAAUCACAAAACAGGAACUUGUACACAAGAUAAUUAUGAAUAAUUUGGAUAUCAUUGAGAGAAGAGAGGUUGAAGAUCAGAUUGAGCAUCUUGAAAAAAUGGUUCCAGAUUGGAUUUGCAGGAAGCAGGCACCUGGUGGAGAUAUCAUGUACAACAUCAAGAAAGUUUCAGAUUUGGCAUCAGUUCAGGCAAGGCUUUGUUAGCACAUUACUAGAUUGUCAAAGGGGCCAUGUACAGAUGGAAAGGAGGUAUUUGGUCAUCCCGUUCGACAAAAAAUUAUAUAUGUAUGUAUUAUAUUCUUAAUGUAUAAUGCCUUGUUCACUUCAUUUCUUCUUUUUCUUAAUGGGACUGAUGUUGGAGUAUCCUUAUCAACUACUCCUAUAAAAUGACCCAUCUUUUGGUGUAUCAUUUUCUUACUAAUUACAGUUUUGAGUUUAAAUAUUUACGAUGCAGUGGUUGUAUUUUAU